AGAAGAACCAGGUCACUAACUCCCUCACUAUGAAGGGUCAAAGUCAAAGUUGGCGUUGAGUUAAGGGCUGCCAACUGCCAAAAGCAGCAUACAUGUUGUCACCGUAAUAAUACCAUACCCUUUCUCCGCCAUCAACCCACAUCGGAUUCCGACGCGGUCACAUUCCACCAUUCAUAUCCCGGCACGUGUCACGAACACCAUACCCUUGGCCGCGUAGGAUCGCUCCCCACCCUUUCUCUCUCUCUCUCUAUUGCUGCGUUCAUCAAAUCUAGCGCACUAAGCUUAAGCUACUAUUACUCAGUAAGUACUAACCCACACAAAACAAAGAGAGUCAGACAAAAAGAAACUAAAAGUAGGAAGAAGAAGAGGAAGGGGAAAACCACCAAAAACGACACCGUUUUUCGCAUGGUAAUUACUAAUUAAGGGUUCGUGAUGCCGAGGCAGAACCGAAACGUGGACAUGAUGAUGAUACCUGGUAAGAUCAGAAAACGAGGUUGCUCGUCAUCGGCUUCGUCAUCCUCCUCCGUGCUCCAUAACUACAGGUUCAAGAGGGCCAUACUCGUCGGCAAGAGAGGCGGAUCCACCACCCCCGUCCCAACCUGGAAGCUCUUGGCGUCGAGAUCUCCGGCGGCGUCGACUUUUCGUGCACUCGACUCCCCUAAGUACCCGCCGUCGCAGUCCGGCGGGGGAGGAGUGAAGGCGAAGCAAGCACCGGUGUCGGCGAGGAAGCUGGCGGCGACGCUGUGGGAGAUGAACGAGAUCCCUUCGCCGAGCGUGAGGGAAAUGCAGCAGGGAGAUUCGAAGCUGAAGAAAGAACUCAGAGCGAGAGAAAAGAUUGCGAGGUCCAUGCGUUCUGGUUCUUUGCCUCCUCACCUGUCUGAUCCAUCGCACAGUCCUGUAUCCGAGAGAAUGGAUCAAUCCGGAACUGGUAGCCGCCAUAGAAGAACUCCAUCUGUUCCUCAGAGGCCACCUAGGCUUUCAGAGCACCAUGUCGGCCCUUUGGAUUCCCUUAGUAAUGCCAGUCUCAUGGAGGUGCCAAUGAUUUUAUGCAGAUGGUACCUUGUUGAUGAGUGAUGAUGACCUACCUUCAACUCUAUUUUAUUACAUCUCCUAGUUUUACUGUGGAUUUUCUAAUAGACCAGUAAUAUCUCUUCAUGAUAUUUAUGUUUUAAAAAAUUAUAACAUGCCAGCGAACCCUCCUCUUCUCUA